AUGUCAGGAAAAGGGACACGCACACGUUCCCAGAGGACCCUUCACGACUUCGAACUCAUUUCCUAUGGCCAUUCACCGUUCAAGGUGGCGAGAAAUGCAGCUCGCUAUGAUGCCUCCGGGUCAGGAAGGAGGCUAGAGAAAGGGAAGAUCCCUGCAGAUAGACAGGAGGGUCAUUCGACGGGCGAACAAUCGCUGUCGCCAGACAAGCUUCCGCCACAGAAACGUUCAUCAUCACCGACUGAUGGUGGUUCUGUGGUGUAUGAUGGCGAACGAAGGGACAGCAAAAGGGCGAGGCACGAUAUCAACGACGACUACCCAAGGUCCCCCUCUCCGGAGCAGGGUGCUUUUUCGGGACCUUUCGAUUUUUCGGGUCUUCAACGCGUCAAUGCCGCCUCCAAUCAUGCGCCCCCACCACCCGAAACUCCCUCUCGUAGACGAACACAGUCCGUUCCGCCAGUCUCCCCAGGUAUCCCUCAUAUCGACCUCAAGAAAGUCCCGCCCUCACCAUGGAGAGCUGCUUCUUCAUCUCCUGUGCGCCCUCAGCUGCGAUUUAGCAGCGUACCCCGUUCAGUUGAACAUCGGCACGACAUUGCAGAUAUGGUCGUCGAGCAGCCGGGCGAAGGGGAUACUUCGGAACGAACUACGAUGUCACCCGUAAUGACCCCAGUCACUGAUUCUGUCUCCCUUCCAUUGCUGCCCACACAUAACGCGUCGGAUGAUGUCGAGCUUGUUUUUCAUACCGACUCCUCUCUUUUAUCGCCUCUUACCCCUCUUCCACGAACGCCUUUCUUUUCUAAGGACCGUACACAUAUAUCAACCCCAGGCAACCAUCUUCAGAACGCACCGCUUGCCGUGAGCGCUACUGAGCUGGUCGAGGAUCCAUCAACUAAUCCACAGCAUGCGUUAACCUUUGAAGCCGAUCGUGAGGCGUCUGCCACCCCACGGCCGCUAUCAAAGCCUAUAGAAAACAUCUCUCGCUCGGAUGCUAUCCCCACAGAUACAAUUCCGCAACAGACUGAUGUAACACCACCGACGAGUCUGACAACAUCAGUGACAGUAGUGGUAUCUACUGAAUCUCCAUCCGACGCUCGGAUAAGUGCCAAUGACCCCGCCACCGAUGCCUCUGCUAUGGUACCAACAGCCGCCUCACGAAUGAUCUCACAAGCUCCCAUCAGCCGCCUUCCGAGACCCUCAAGCUCACUGUCUCUGCAGAAGUCCGAGAAGAGUGAUUCCUCCUUGUCGUCUCUGCCCAGCAGUGGACGCUCUGGGGAAGCGAGCAAGAAACAGAUUGGAACAGUUAAGAAGCCACCAUCGUUGUUCAUGCCAAAGGCGAAAACCAAGCUCCUGGGAAAGAUGGCACAUCCGCCACCUCGCACGACCCGCCUCAUGCAGCAGAAGAUGGAUGCCGAAGCAAAGGCAGCAGACGUUCCUGUUGCAGGCAAGGCAAUCAGUCACUCGCCAGGUCCAUCUCAUCCAAUUACGCCAGGAGCAUCGUCACACAAGAAAUCCUUCAGCUUCGCUCAGGCGACCGCAUCAUCGAAGAGCAAGGCCAUCGCGUCGCCGACGAAGAAACCCGUAUCACUUCCCAAGCAGCCGUCGCCUAUGAAAUUCAGUUCACCAGUCAAGCCAGCCUCUGUCGCCGGCACGCAGCGUAGUUUAGUGCAGAAGACCUCACUGUCGAAUCUAUCUCAAGCGCUCGAAAGGCUGAAGAUGCCCCCGCCGCCACGACCAGGGACGAGCAUCGGAUUUGUGCGCGACGGUGGAGACAACAGCACAUUACCUCCCACCUCUAAAGACGACCUGUUCACCAGCGGAUCAGAUCAAGCUCGCGCAGCGAAGGCAGGUCCGCUGUCCAAACUGAAGCGUGUAAAUGCAGUAGGUCAUUCUGCCAUGCGGUCACGAGCGGGCACUGUUGGACCAGCAUCGAGGCCGAAACCGCCAGGCAUUCCUGCUGCGGUAUUCAGUGCAUCUAUGGCGAUGUCCAAGGAUGAUGAAGUUCCUCCACCGAAAAUCAAUGUCCACACUGGCAUGAUCGGUAAAUCUCGGGUCCCAAUGUCCCACGUUAAACCCUUGUUCGGCGGAGUGGGAAUGGGGCGGGUAUUCCAAAAGGUCAGUAAGAAGUCGGGUUUGCCGACAGUGGAAGGCAGCCCGGUGAAGGGCGGAUCGGGACCAUCAGUACAAGUCGAGGUGACGAAUAUGCCCAAGCUGGAAGAUGAAAGCUCGGGCCCCUCUCGAGCGGCGGAGCAAAACGCUGCUGGCGAAACGGGCAAUGUGUUUUCCAACUUACACGUCGGUGACCUUCUUGCCGGGAACAGUGAUGCGGAAUUUGACCCUCACGACUCUUGGAAACACAACGCCUCACGGCGCGCUUCUUUAGCCUCUCAACUGCUCUCUCAAACUCUAUCCCGGGAUCCCCACACGCCACCCAACCCUCCCAAAAAAUCUCCUGUAGAACCACAAACAGGUCCGAGCUCUACUUCCCCAACAAACGGGAGAGUUCUUCGCUCUGCGAGCGUACAACCAUCUUCCGCUGGGACACGCACAGCACCUGGAGCACUAGGAAGGGCCAGCGGCACCGGUGCCCAUGUAUCGGCGUCUCGGGACGGAGAGUCAGGCUCCGGCGAGAAGAAGGCGGGAGGAUCACUGAAACUUUUGAAGAAGUGUAAAAUCUUUGUGGACGUGCGGACAGACGACGGCGAUGAUGCAGGUGGUCUGUUCGUUGACAUGUUACGGGGCAUGGGAGCGAAGGCGCGCUUUCAUCUCCUACAUACACAAGCAAUCACGAUCGUCGGUCGCGUUGGCUCGUCGUGCACCCACAUCGUGUUCAAGAACGGGUUAUUGAGCACGCUCACGAAGUACAGAGUGCUAGAUGGACCACGCCCGUUAGUGGUCGGCAUCGCUUGGGUUGUCGAAUGCGUAGAGAAACGCAAGCAUGUUGAAGAGGAUAAAUUCCUCAUCGAUCUCGAGGGGGUCAACGUCGCAGGCGUCAAUAAGCGCCGACGGUCGAUGCUUCCCAAACAAAUAUUGCCGAGCUCAAUAAGCCCGCCAUCGACUUCGAACUUGAUGGGGCCGCCUCCGAUCCCCUCUGGUUCAAAUUCGAAUGGAACUCCGUCGUCGGUGGAUCGAUCUGUGGACACAGCGAGCACCGAAGAUGCUGCUAACAACAGCCUUCGUGCAAGUGAUGAUGGAGAUGACCUUCCUCCGUUAGAGAGGGCGAGGAGACGCGGGAGUAUGAUGACUAGCCGGUAA